ACCCACCUGCUCCACACAGCCAAGGCAAGUAAACAGCAGAGCUAUUAGAUUUCCUGAGUGUAGUGACAAGUUCAGCGCAAGAUGGAGCACCAGGGGCACGGCGCCGGCGAGAAGAAGGGCAUCAUGGAGAACAUCAAGGUGAAGCUCCCUGGUGGCCACAGUGAUCACCACCAGACCGGUGGCAACUACGGGCAGCAGGAACACACCGGCACGGCGACGCAUGGAGCCCCGGCCACCGGCGGCACGUACGGGCAGCAGGGACACACCGGGAUGACCGGCACGGGGACCCACGGCGUCGGGGAGAAGAAGGGCGUCAUGGAGAACAUCAAGGAGAAGCUCCCCGGUGGCCAGAGUGACCACGACCACACUGGUGGAACCUACGGGCAGCAGGGACACACCGGCACGGCGACGCAUGGCACCCCGGCUACCAGCGACACCUAUGGGCAGCAAGGACACACCGGAGUGACCGGCACGGGGACGUACAGCACCGGCGAGAAGCAGGGUGUCAUGGAGAACAUCAAGGAGAAGCUCCCCGGUGGCCAUGCUGACCACGAGCACACCGCUGGCACCUACGGGCAGCAGGGACACACGGGCACGGGGACGCAUGGCACCCCGGCCACCGGCGACACCUAUGGGCAGCAAGGACACACCGGAGUGACCGGCACGGGGACGUACAGCACCGGCGAGAAGCAGGGUGUCAUGGAGAACAUCAAGGAGAAGCUCCCCGGUGGCCAUGCUGACCACGAGCACACCGCUGGCACCUACGGGCAGCAGGGACACACGGGCACGGGGACGCAUGGCACCCCGGCCACCGGCGACACCUACGGGCAGCAGGGACACACCGGAGUGACCGGCACGGGGACGCACGGCACCGGCGAGAAGAAGGGCGUCAUGGAGAACGUCAUGGAGAAGCUCCCCGGUGGCCACACUGACCACCAGCAGACCACUGGAAUCACCGCUGGAACCACUGGCACCGGGACACACGGCACCGACGGCACCGGUGAGAAGAAGGGCAUCAUGGACAAGAUCAAGGACAAGCUGCCUGGACAGCACUAAGCGCGGUCAGCCCGCCCCCGCUACCUUUGCAGAAUAAUAAGAUGUCGAACUUCCACCGUAUAUACGUUAAUUGAGUCUAGUUCACCUAGCUCACUUGGUCGUUGGAGGAGCGAAUUCAUCUACGUUUUAAGCUUUCACGGACAACAGUGUGUGUGAAUUUUCGUUUGUUUACAGUUUGCAGACUUUGAUGUGCAAAUUUCCUUAUGGUUCAACCCGUGUAUAGCCAUAUAUGGCAUCUAAUAUUUAUAUACAAGCGAAAUGUUAUGUUUGCAA